AUGAAGCAAUGGAUUAAGAAUCAAAAGAGUCUAGCGCUUUCGCUGCACAGAAGCUUCGCCUACAGCGCUUUCGCUGCACAGAAGCUUCGCCUACAGAUGUCUGGCUCCUCUGCUCUUCCUAGACCGGUCAUGCAUCAGUGGGAAAGUAUCACAGGUCACCGUCUUUUGGAACGUUAUGGCAUGACUGAGUUUGUGAUGGCAAUAUCAAACCCCUUACGUGGUGCAAGGAAGGCAGGUACCGUGGGGAAACCACUUACCGGUGUUGAGGCUAAGAUCGAACAUGAUGAAAACAAUACUGAUGGAGUAAAUGAGAUCUGUCUAAAGAGUCCAUCGUUAUUCAAGGAGUACUGGAAUCUUCCACAAAUUGGAUACUUCAAGACCGGGGAUGUUGGUAGAGUAUAUGAGGAUGGACUUAACGUAAUUCUAGGACGUACUAGCGCUGAUAUUAAGAAGGUUGGAGGAUACAAGUUAUCUGCCUUGGAAAUAGAAUCAACCCUACUCGAGCCACCAACAAGUUUGUUGAUAUGGGAAAGCUUGCCUCGCAACGCAACGCCAUGGGAAAGGUAA